GCUUCCUCCGCGUGCCCUGGGGGCGGCCGCGCUCGCCAUGGGGCAGUGCUUGCCGUGCAUGGGGGGCGCCGUCAAGGACGUGGUGGAGACUCCCGAUCCGGAAAUAAAAAGAAGACAACUAGCAGAAGCCGCUGAAAAGAGGCAGAUGGAGGCUUCCUCUCGAGGUAUUAAGAAUGCUUACUCUGUAGAGCAGAAGAAAAAGAAACAGGAAGAAAUAGAAAGAAGAGUUGCAGCUUCACGUCCUGGAGGAGAAGGAGGACUGAGAUGGCAGGUUGGAUAACACAUGACUUCUGAAGAGAAGAUGAUUGAUGUUUACUGCCAAUAACUUGCCAGUUUCUGCAGCCAAGUGGCACUUACUCAUCAUGUGGCUUUUGCUGUUUACAUCUGAAAACUCAGCAGUACUUUGCCAUUGUGGGACAAUGGAUGUGGAAAACAUUCACAAAGAAACUUAAGAACCAAUUCUGAACACUACAGUUUUGCCAAUUUUGUUUUUUUUCCAUGCAUGUGUUAUUACUUUCCUGUCAAGACUUCCUGUCAGCUGGAAGUGGCCUCCUUAUGUGUAGUCAGUAAAUAUGUGUAUGCUGUCUGCUCAGCUGAUGUCUGUCUGUGUAUGACUGGCCUGAGCAAGCUCAGGUGCCCAAGUGUUGGUUUUGAUGCAUAUUUCAAGCUCUACAAUUAAACUUUUCUCCAAGUCCUCAUGUAGAAAGUUUGUCAUAUAUAUGUAUUUGAAUAUGCAAUGAGAGCAUUUCUUUUCUGUUUCCUAAUGACUCUUGGACUGCUUAGGAAUUUAGUGCCUUUUUCAGAAAAAGAAAUGUAAGUGUUAUGGGUCCUUAAAAAUUGAGUAAUUUUGUGACUAGUUAUAAGAAAAAAUAGAAAACUUUAUAAAUCCUGUGUUCUUAGAUCAAGAAUGCUAUUUUAUUAUGUGUGUAAUAAUUGUUCUCAUUUUCUCAUGUGGAUUUCUUUUGAGUCUAAGUAAAAUGAAUACUGAAAGUUAAACAUGAAAUUAAAAAUCCUGCUAUUA